AUGAUGUUGUCUUUUAAGAGAUUUUCAUCACCAGAAGGUAUAUCAAGGCCUUUGGUUCAAGAGGUGGUGAAGCAACAAAGAAGACAUGCUUCGGGCCGCCAAAAUGCAUACCCACAAUACCCAUAUCAUCUGUUGGGCAGGUCAUCGAGGGGCAAAGGUGAUUCUAAUUUGAAGUAUGCAAUGAGGCAGUUCUUGGGUCCCAAGAACUUUAAAGGCGAGUAUUUAUACAAUAAAUACUUUUCGCCGCCAACAGAUCAUCAGCCUAAUUAUAUUAUACCAGAUAUUGAGAAUGGUAAAUCUUUGGUUGAUCCAGUUACAGGGAAUGCUGUUACUAUUACCGCUGAUAACACUCUUGUUGUGUCAAAUAGAACUCCUUUGAAACCUAAUAAAUCUCGCAAAUUGCAGCCAUUUCCAUCUAAUGAUCACUGCAAGACUAAUCACAUACUAGAUGAUAAAACGAGGCAUGCAAUUUAUCAUAUGGUAGCAGUAGAAAAAAUUCCUGUCCAACAAAUAUCCAAGAAGUUCAAUUUAAAAGUGCCCAGGGUUGAGGCCGUUGUGAGAUUAGUCGAAUUGGAAGAAAAACUGGAAAAACAGAACCGCAUAUCACAGCAUGUAAAAACCAUGGCAGACACGAUGUUCAAGAUGUUCCCUGUGUUUGGCACAGGCAGUCAUGAGAAUCUGAGUGAAAUUCCUAUUCCAAGCAAGGCCCUUUCUUCCCGUAUACUAACACUAGCGGAAUCGGAGCCUUUUGGACCUAUCGAUGCAGCUAAUGUUCUUGAAUUGGAACCAGCAGCCAAAACGCUGGAAAAAUUAACUAAUGUUACUGAAACUUCAGGCUUGAACGGCAACAAGGAUCAAAAAGACCUGAAAAAGGUAGUGUAUGGUGAGGUUAGGGAAGGUGAUAGAUUUAGGUUUAAAUUUAUCAACAAACCAGUGGGUAAGGUUGGUUUCCGUUAUGGUACUACAUCUCGUGAUAAUAAAAAGGAUCGUAAGAUUGGAUUCGAUGAGACGGGUAAGAUGAUAUAUUUAUAG